UGAUUAAAUUUUGUACUGUUUGUGACAACUUCAAAACUGAAUUUAACUGUGUUACAACUACACCAUUACCACAAUUUAGCAAGACAAUAUAAUAUAACUACAGGUUUAAAACUUACGCUUUGAAACGAAGUCACCUCACAAUGCCGGAUGAUAAACUAAUCAGUAACCAGUUAGCAAAAGCAAUGCCAUGGUUUGGCAUGGAUAUCGGGGGUACGCUUACAAAAUUGGUAUAUUUUGAGCCGAAAGAUAUAACCCCUGAUGAACAAGACCGUGAGGCUGGAAUCUUACGAAAUAUUCGUCGGUAUUUAACAAAAAAUUCGGCGUAUGGAAAAACUGGGCAUCGUGACACACAUUUGCAGAUGGAUAAUGUCGAGAUACGAAAAAGAAAAGGGUCGCUUCAUUUUAUACGCUUUCAAACAACAGACAUGGGAAACUUUCUUUCUUUAGCAAAACAAAAGGGUAUGGCCGAGUUAGUAACGACAGUUUGCGCAACAGGUGGAGGCGCUUUCAAAUUUGAAAAAGAUUUUCGUGAUCAAGUAAAUAUGAAAUUAGCAAAGUUUGACGAACUUGAUACGCUAAUCAAAGGAAUAUUGUUUGCUGACUUGCAAAAUCGAACCGAAUGUUACUUCUAUGAAAACGCAAGUAAUAUUGUUAAGAGUGUAAAACGGGCAUUUAACUUCUCGGAACCAUUUCCAUUCAUUUUGGUAAAUGUCGGCUCAGGAGUAUCUAUUUUGGCUGUAUAUGGCCCCGAUAAUUACAAACGUAUAUCGGGCACAAGUUUGGGGGGUGGAACAUUUUUAGGAUUGUGUUGUCUACUCACCGGCUGCACAACAUUUGAAGAGGCAAUUCAGUUGGCUACAAAAGGAGACAACAGAAAGGUGGACAAAUUAGUGAAGGACAUUUAUGGUGGGGACUACAACCGUUUCGGUUUGCCCGGCGACUUGGUUGCAUCCAGUUUUGGACAGAUGCACAUUACCGAGAAACGACUCACUGUAUCACGAGAGGAUUUAGCUAAUGCCACGUUGGUUACGAUAACAAAUAACAUUGGAUCUAUAGCACGUAUGUGUGCGCUCAAUGAAAGAAUUGAUAAGGUUGUAUUUGUGGGAAAUUUCCUACGCGUAAAUCCUAUUUCCAUGAAAUUGCUAGCAUACGCAAUGGAAUUCUGGUCAAAUGGCACAAUGAAAGGUUUAUUCUUGGAGCAUGAAGGUUACUUUGGUGCUCUCGGGUGUCUGUUGCAGUUUAACGGCGAAUUAGCUGCGGCUCUAAAUGAUGGUCUUGACCAUGUACAAAGCGAAAACCACAAUCUGAUUGAAUCUAUGAGCGAUUCAGCAUCGAAAAAGCCAUCGGGCGACCUGUCACAUUCUCCUGAAACUGAAAGCUCAACUAGCUAGUCUAGGGUGCAAAAUAAAUUAUAAACGCUAUAGGCAAGUGUAAGUAUGAAAAAAUUUGUCAGUAUAAUCAGUCUUAUCAUGUAUCAAUUCUUUGAUCUUCUUUGAAAUCUUCGUCUUGGCAGUUUUAUAAAUGUGAAUGAUAUAACUUAAUAACAUUUCUAAAAAUUUCCUUCAGUACAAUAUUGGUCGUUUCAGGUCGGUGCGGACUAGUGUACGUACUUCUACAAUUUCAAUCAUUUUUAUUUUGAUUUACAUAGUAUAUAUGUAUCUUACGUGAUAUCAUAGUUGAGAAUUCUGUUGAAAAUUAUUUAAUCAGUAAUGAAUAUUUUUUAUUUUUGUUGUAAAUCUGCAAUAGUUAUGCAAGAAUUGUAAACCCCAUGUCAAUUUUUAUUUUACUUUGCUUAAAGUUUAAGACAUUGCGUACUGUUUAAUUUUAGGCUAAUAAAUAUGCAACUAUUUUGAAAA